AUGUUUUCAAGGUUAAUAUUUAAUAGAAAUUUUUGUAAACUUCAGCCAACAUCUUGUCGUCUGUUAUCAUGUUUAUCGAAGAAUUACAUAUGUGAUUCAUCUGUCAUCGAAGCUUAUCAUACAAAUCUCCAAUUAAAAUCAAUUAUUGAUCGACAAGAACAUCAAUUCUAUUAUCAUGUUGAUAGUAAAAUAAAACAGCAACCACCAUCUGUUUUCAAACAAAUUCGAAGUGAUUCUCAUUCUCCAACAAAUCCACAUUAUCUCACAAACUCGACAUCUGAAAAUACAAUUGAUGAUAAAACAACCAAGAAAAUAUCCAUUGAUGAAUUUAUUAAAUUAACACGGUGGAAUGAUCGUGGCAAAGGUACAUUUCCGGGUGUAAUUGGUCUGGAAAUUUUAUCUAUAUCUCAUGGUUAUGUUUCUUGUCAGCUUAAAAUUCGUGAAGAACUCUUAGCACCGAAUGGUUACCUUCAUGCAGGUGUUAUUGUUACAUUAGCUGAUACAGCUUGUGGUUAUGGUUGUUUGAAUUCCAAAUCAUCUGAAGCUAAAUCAUUUACAACAAUUGAAUUAAAAUCAAAUUUUAUGGGAACAGUAAAAGCCCAAGCCUUGGUGACAUGUGAAGCUCGUUUAAUUCAUGAAGGAAAAACAACACAAGUUUGGGAUGCUGAAGUAAAAGAUUCAGAAAAGAACAAGAUAAUUGCUAUUUUUCGAUGUACAGAAUUGAUUUUAUAUUAA